AUGCCCAUCCCCCUUAUUGUUCAGGGGAUUCGGGAAGGUGUAGGCUCUAUCCCCCACGCCUACACCGUCCUCAAGGUUGUGCCAUGGGUACUGCUGGUAGCUGCGCUCAAGUAUUACUUCGGCGGAGCUCGCAAUAGCUCAGAGCGGGUGAUGCAUUCGAAAGUCAUCAUGAUCACGGGCGGAACAUCAGGCAUCGGCGCCAGCGUCGCCCACGAGCUCGCCCUACGCGGCGCCCAGAUCAUCCUCCUUACCCAACACUCCCCCUCCGACAUCUUCAUAGUCGACUACAUCGAAGACCUGCGCAAGUCCACCGGAAACCAACUCAUCUACGCCGAGCAGGUCGACUUCUCCUCCCUGCACUCCAUCCGCACCUUCGCGACCAAAUGGAUCGACAACUUCCCUCCCCGGAGACUAGACAUGAUCAUCCUCUGCGCCAGCACCGCCCUGCCGCGCUCGAGCCACGGCAAAUUGACCCAGGACGGUCUCAACGAAGAAUGGCAGGUCAACUACCUGGGCAACUUCCACCUGCUGAGUAUCCUGAGCCCCGCGCUCCGGGCACAGCCCGCGCACCGCGACGUGCGAGUCAUCUUCACGACCUGCUCGGGCUACAUCGGCGCGAAGCUCGACGUCAAGCACCUCGAAGCCCUCACCAGCGGUGCCACCAAGACAGCGUCUCAGCCAGCGGUCCGGAAGAACGGCAAACCACAACGGAAGCCCGCCGCCGCCGCGAGUCAACAGACCAGCCUGUUCGGGCUCAGCAAACUCGCGCUGAUGAUCUUCGCCGCGUCCUUCCAGAAACAUUUGAAUGCGUACCCGCGCCCGGAUAAGCAGGCCAACGGCACGCGCGUGAUCGUCGUCGACCCCGGUCUCAGUCGGACCCCGGGCACCCGUCGCUGGCUGACGGGUGGCUCGCUGUGGGGUCUGCUCCUGUACCUGCUCACCUGGCCGCUGUGGUGGUUGGGUCUCAAGUCGCCGCAGCAGGGGGCGCAGAGUAUCCUGUACGCGGCCAUGGAGGCGCAGUAUGGCCGUGGAGCAGGCGGGUGGAUGGUGAAGGAGUGCCGCGAGGUGGACUAUGCGCGGAAAGACAUCGCCGACGAGGAACUGGGGAAGAAACUCUGGGAGUUGAGCGAGAAGCAGAUCGAAGCGAAGGAAAAGGAGGGCGCGGUGAAACGCGCUCUGGCGAACAAGGAGAAGGAACCGAAGAAUAAUACCAAGCAGCAGGAUUCCAAGGUCUCGUCGACAUCUGGAGCACAGGGACAGGCACCUGGUUCAAGGCGGAGUCGCAAAGCAAAUAAAUAG